AUGCCGUUACCGGCCACGUUACAAAGCAGCUCCUCAUUUGGAUCACAAAACCACAAACUUCCAAAACUAUCACUCCCAAUGUUUAAUGGAAACAUUCUAGAUUGGCAAACUUUUUGGGAUUCUUUUGAGACGACUAUUCAUUUGAAUCAUACACUUACGGAUGUUCAGAAAUUUUCCUAUCUCAAAUCGCUGUUGGAAUACGGUGUAUCAAAUGUUAUUGCUGGUCUCGCUCUCACAAACAGUAAUUAUGAAAAGGCUAUCGCAUUGUUAAGAGAAAGAUAUGGUCAGAAACACAGAAUUAUAAAUGCGUACAUGAAAUCUUUGUUGAAAUUAUCACCCCCGCAAUCCAACUUGUUUAGUCUGAGGGAAUUGUAUGACACUGCUGAGUCGUACAUUCGUGGUCUUGAAUCACUCGGACAAGAAGAAGAAACAUUUGGUACAAUGUUAAUUCCCAUUCUAAUGGACAAGUUGCCGUCAGAUGUGAAAAUUAAUAUCACCCGUCAUAACGGAAGUGACCACUGGACACUAGAAUCCUUACGCCGUUGCAUAUUGCAUGAAAUCACAAUUCUAGAGGCAGGAAGCUCCAAUUCAUCAUUGAAUAAUGUUUUGCUAACUGCUAAUUUUCAUACCAGUGCUCGAUCAUCAAAAGAUAAAUCCAAUCGCAAUAUUACGCCAUUCCAGCGCAGCCCCAAGAAAUGUGUGUAUUGCAAGGAAAAUCAUUUUCCAGGAGAUUGUCCGCUAGAUUAUAACAAGAGACUUGCAAUUGUAAAGGAGCAUAAACUUUGUGUUAACUGCUUGGGACAUCAUCAGGUUUCAAAAUGUCAAUCAAAGGAAAAAAACAGCAAUUCAGACAUUGUAACAAAUACAGAACAUCAGUCUCAGAAAUCUACCGACAUUUCUGUUGAUAGUAGUAUCAUACAGGAAAUCGCCCAAUCUCAGAAUGUAGAUGACGAGUCAGUACUUCACAGUACUUCUACAUCCGUUACUUUAUUAAAGACCGCCGUCGCCACAGUUUCAUCUUCACCAAGCGCGAAUUCGUUUACAUGUGCGAAUAUUUUGUUUGAUGAGGGAGCCCAGAGGUCUUUCAUAACGGAAGAAUUAGCAAACAAUCUUCAGGCCAAAGUAUCAGGAAAUGAAAGUUUGAAUAUCGCAGCGUUCGGAGAUAAAACCGCAAAGUCAGUCAGACAUUUGAACAAAACUACAGUAUACGUUGAAACAGAUUCCGGUGAAAAGGUUCCCGUAGAAGUUUUAAUUGUGCCUAAUAUCGCCGCUCCAAUUCAUACAAAUCGUUUGUCAGUAAAUUCACUGCCACAUUUGAAAAAACUUGAAAUUAGCACACCCCGAAAACAGUGA